UGUAGCAUCAAGAUCAAGAUCAAGAUGGUCGACAGAAUGGUGGCAAUAGGGAGCGGAACUCUCACUGCUUAAAGUGGACAAUAGUGCAAUGGGUGACAAGGUUGAUAUAACAGCUCAUCCUCCUCUCGUAGAGGCUGAGCUAACCUCGCUGAAAGCAUUGUCCUUCAGAGACUAUCUUAAGUCAGAGCUGCGGCGUGGAUACCUCCUUGAAAAUGAUGAGGAGAGAUAUACAGCACGACGGGAGAAGGUUUAUACGUUCUUCAAAAUUCCAAGAGAGAUUGAGAAGUUUGUUGCUUAUGGCUUCUUCCAGUGUGCUGACUCCUUCUUCUUUGUCUUCACUUUCCUGCCUGUCAGAUUCACCUUGGCCAUCUGGUCUCUGUUGACUCGUCCCUUCAGAAAGGUGUUUGGAUUGUACUUCAGCAAAAACAGGAGGAUAUUGAAACCAGCAGAAAUUGUUGACUUGUUAAAGGGUGUAAUGGUGCUGGUGUGUUGUUACCUGAUGGGAUACAUAGACACAUCUGUCUGCUAUCACAUUAUCAAGACUCAAUCAACCAUAAAGCUUUACCUGUUCUUCAACAUGCUGGAGAUUGCAGAUCGGCUUAUGUCGGCAUUUGGUCAGGACACUUUGGAUGCUCUGUUUUGGACAGCCACAGAACCUCGUGGCAGGAAGCGUGAACAUUUUGGGGUACUGUUUCACCUUCUUGUCGCCAUUGCCUAUGUGGCUCUACAUUCUACCAUUGUGUUGCUGCAGGCUCUCACCCUUAAUGUGGCCAUCAACUCUGACAACAAAGGCCUUCUGACCAUUGUCAUCUCUAAUAAUUUUGUGGAACUGAAAGGUGCAGUUUUCAAAAAAUUUGACCGGAAUAACUUACUGCAAAUUUCCUGCAGUGAUGUCCGUGAGAGGUUCCACAACUGUGUGCUCUUGUUGGUAGUGGUUAUCCAAACUAUGAAAGAAUAUGCCUGGAAGGAGGAGAGAUUAUGGAUCCUGCUGCCAGACUGUCUGUUAGUCUGUGGAACAGAAAUCCUUGUGGACUGGCUUAAACAUGCAUUUAUUACAAGGUUCAAUGACAUUCCAGCUGAUGCAUACAAAGACUACACAGUUCUUCUUGCAUCAGAUCUCAUCAUGUGCAAACAGAAAUAUGCAUACUCGGACCACAGCGAUCUGGUGGCAAGACGCAUGGGCUUCAUCCCCCUGCCACUUGGAGUUGUCAUGUACCGCAUUCUGAGUCAGUCCAUUCGUCUUACUAGUCCUGCUUCUUAUCUUGUCUUGGGAGUUGGCUUCCUGUGUCUUCUCUCCUUCAGGGUCUUGAAUGGAAUCAUCAUCUUGGGUAAAGCAUGUGAUCUCAUAGAAUCUGCUGAGAGGCGCCGUGCAAGAAAUGAAUCAACAUCUGAGAUCACAGAGAAGAAAUCUAGCAAUACUUGUGAAAAAACCUCUACAUUAUCAGUCAGCUCCAAAAAAACUAUGAAGGUUGAGGUGGCAACAAGCCCCAUUAGAGGCUGGAGCAUGCCACCACCAACAACCUCUUCUAGCGAAAGAAUGCCAUCCAAAACACAUUCCCUUGAAGUUUUUACUCCAGCCUCUGCAUCUGCAUCUAUAGUUUCCACUCCAUCAACGUCAGAACCUCCUGCCAGAAGUGACUCCCUUGAUUUUUUGGUAGAAUCAAAGAAAGGGCUUAUGGCCAAUAGUAUGGUCAAUCUUUCUAGUGUGGGCAUUAAUGAAGGUCCCUUUACCAAUGAUGCCUCAAGGCAGUAUCGAUUACAGCAUUCUCUGGAAAGUAUUAUCUCAGUAGACAAUACAGAUGUGGGUGAACCCACUGGUGAGCAUCAGUCUUCUUCAUCCUCCCCAUGUGCAUCACUUAAGUUGAUGAAUCAAGAUGAACAGGCAGAGCGCAUCCAGACAGUAUCUUUAGUUGCAAAUGUCUCACCUGAAGGAGAAGACAUUGGGAAAGAAUGUGGUGUAUUAGAGAAUGUAUCAAGUGAGGUUCGAAAAUUUAAGAGACAUCCUUUUGUUUCCUGUGACUCAAUAAGGUACAGGGGCUCUACAGAUGGUGAUAUACUGUGAUUUUUCCAUACCUAAUAUAUUCUUUGUAAGUAUUGUAUAUGUAAAUGUAGAGUAGUUUUUGAAAGACAUUGCACUACAAUAUUUCAGGAACAUAAUAAGGAAUAUUAGACAUUUUCUAAUAUUUAGAGUUCCAUGACAAAAUUAGCAUGUGCAGUAUUGUAAAAUAUGAAGAGUAAUAUAUAUUAAAUUUAUACCUGUUGUCAAUGAAUGAAUAGGCUUAAAUAUGA